GCCAACCCCCGCCCCGGGGGCGGCUGCCCCGGCGGAGCCUCCAUCUGCAGCCCGGCGGCGGAGCGGGAACAUGGCGGACCUGGAGGCGGUGCUGGCCGAUGUCAGCUACCUGAUGGCGAUGGAGAAGAGCAAGAGCACCCCGGCGGCCAGGGCCAGCAAGAAGAUCACCCUGCCCGAGCCCAGUAUCCGCAGUGUUAUGCAGAAAUACCUCGAGGAAAGGGGUGAAUUAACCUUCGACAAGAUUUUUCAUCAGAAAAUUGGAUUUCUGCUCUUUAAAGACUAUUGCAUGAAUGAGAUUGAUGAAGCUGUGCCUCAGCUGAAGUUCUAUGAAGAGAUCAAGGAGUACGAGAAGCUGGACUCGGAGGAGGAGCGGCUGUCGCGGAGCCGGCAGAUCUACGACACCUACAUCAUGAAGGAGCUGCUCUCCUGUUCCCACCCUUUCUCAAAACAAGCUGUAGAUCAUGUACAAACACAUUUAGCCAAGAAACAAGUGCCAGCCAGCCUUUUCCAGCCAUAUAUAGAAGAAAUUUGUGAUAGUCUCCGAGGAAAAAUAUUUCAAAAAUUUAUGGAAAGUGACAAGUUUACUAGAUUUUGUCAAUGGAAAAAUGUAGAGCUAAAUAUUCAUCUGACCAUGAAUGAUUUUAGUGUACAUAGAAUAAUAGGAAGAGGGGGAUUUGGUGAAGUGUAUGGCUGCAGAAAAGCAGACACUGGAAAAAUGUAUGCAAUGAAAUGUUUAGAUAAGAAGAGAAUCAAGAUGAAGCAAGGAGAAACAUUAGCCUUAAAUGAAAGAAUUAUGCUGUCUCUUGUCAGUACAGGAGACUGUCCUUUUAUAGUCUGUAUGACCUAUGCCUUCCACACCCCUGACAAGCUCUGCUUCAUUCUGGACCUCAUGAAUGGAGGAGAUUUGCACUACCACCUCUCCCAGCACGGAGUGUUUUCUGAAAAAGAAAUGAGGUUUUAUGCUACUGAAAUCAUCCUGGGGUUAGAGCAUAUGCACAAUCGCUUCGUGGUGUACAGAGACCUGAAGCCUGCAAAUAUCCUGCUGGAUGAACAUGGGCACGUGAGGAUAUCAGACCUUGGGCUGGCUUGUGACUUUUCCAAAAAGAAGCCACAUGCCAGUGUAGGAACCCACGGGUACAUGGCCCCCGAGGUGCUGCAGAAGGGCACAGCCUACGACAGCAGUGCUGACUGGUUCUCCCUGGGCUGCAUGCUCUUCAAGCUGCUGAGGGGGCACAGCCCUUUCAGGCAGCACAAAACCAAAGAUAAGCACGAGAUCGACCGGAUGACGCUCACCGUGAACGUGGAGCUCCCGGAUUCCUUUUCUCCCGAGCUCAAGUCCCUUCUGGAAGGGCUCCUGCAGCGGGAUGUGAGCAAGAGGCUUGGAUGCCAAGGAAGAAGCGCACAAGAAGUAAAGGAACAUCCUUUCUUCAAAGGCAUUGAUUGGCAGCAAGUCUAUUUACAGAAGUACCCUCCCCCCUUGAUUCCUCCCCGGGGAGAAGUCAAUGCAGCAGAUGCUUUUGAUAUUGGCUCCUUUGAUGAAGAGGACACUAAAGGCAUUAAGUUGCUUGAUAGUGACCAGGAGUUAUAUAAGAACUUCCCUCUGGUAAUAUCGGAGCGUUGGCAGCAAGAAGUAGCAGAAACUGUUUAUGAUGCAGUAAAUGCAGACACAGAUAAAAUUGAGGCCAGAAAAAGGGCUAAAAAUAAGCAGCUUGGCCACGAGGAAGAUUAUGCCCUGGGGAAGGACUGUAUCAUGCAUGGGUACAUGCUCAAGCUGGGGAACCCCUUCCUGACUCAGUGGCAGCGGCGUUACUUUUACCUCUUCCCCAACCGGCUGGAGUGGCGAGGAGAAGGAGAGUCCCGGCAAAACCUGCUGACAAUGGAACAAAUAGUAUCUGUUGAAGAAACACAAAUUAAAGAUAAAAAAUGCAUCUUACUGAGAAUUAAAGGAGGAAAACAGUUUGUCCUACAGUGUGAGAGCGACCCUGAGUUUGUUCAGUGGAAAAAAGAGCUGACAGAGGCUUUCACCGAGGCCCAGAGGUUGCUGCGCCGGGCUCCGAAGUUCCUCAAUAAAUCGCGCUCCACAGUCGUAGAGCUCUCGAAGCCCCCGCUCAGCCACAGGAACAGCAACGGGCUGUAGGAGACACCGACCACGUUCCCGCAGGGAGAGCUGCUUGGUGAACCUGCAGAGCGUCCCAGAAUCCUUGUGAAAGAACGAAUGACUUUGUGCAGUCCUGGCCGCGGGAUGUGCCCGGGAGAGGAGGGAUUCGAUGUUUACAGCGUGGGGUCACGUCAGGACUCUGUGGAAGGGUGGCAGAGUUGGGGACACCCUGCCCCUGGCAGCGCUGGAAGUCACCAAGCGGAGAGGCUGCUCCUUGUCCCACGCGUCCCCACCCCCGGUGGGGCCCGGCUGAGCUCCGUCCCUCUGGAACUACUGAUGGAAGGAAGAGGUUUUUUUUUUUUUUGUUUUUUUUUUUUCCCCUGCCGUGCCCUCUCUCGGUGGCGCCGGGGGUGGCACGGGUGCUGCUGGCUGGGUGACACUCCCGUGGUGACACCGACGGAGCCGUGGUGGGUGCCCCUCACUCUGUCGUGUUGCCGUGUCCUUCCCGACCAUUACUGCUGACUCUCUGAUAACCUUUGCUCCAUACUGCUGAUGAUCAACAGUGUGACUCUGAUGCACUUCAAAGUACUGAAUUCUAACUGUCCUGUGGUUUAAAUGUUAUUGCUACUUCAUGGGAGCGUUGAACUCGAAUUAUUCCCUGGGUUUGUUGUACUCACUAAUAGUAGCUACCACCGUUUUGCUUCUUCUACGUAUAUGCAGUACUAUAACUGACACAAUAGAGUAAUAAUUGGUGAAGAGGAAUUUAUGGUAGCUUCAUCUAGUGCUCUGUUGUAUAAAUUGACUAUUUUAGCACAGUUUUUAAAGAGCAGAUUCCUUUUGACAAGUUUACAGUGAACAUAAAAGACAGUUCUUUUCCAUUUCAGGUCAACUGCACUUUUUAAAAAAUUAAAAAAGAAAUGAUUCAAACCCGGCGCGUUCUAGAGCGUGUGCUGGGUUCCGGUGUGUGUGGGUACCUCGGUACGUAUCCCUGAUCACUCCUCAGUCCUGGGGCUUGGGAUCCUCCUCUGCUGUACACAGGUGUGUUCCCAUAGCAUAGAAAUCCCCAAAAAUCCCCAAAAAUCCCCAGUUCCCCCUGGAGCCCGGCCCAGGAGGUUCGUGCACACAUCACAGCUCGGCUUGGGAAAGGAUCUCUCCUUUUCUGUUCUGAAGAGUUCCAACUGCCCACAGUGAAAGUAGUGUGAGAAAACUGAGUGUGGAGCUGGCAGAGCGAGCUGAUCAAACGCCAGGUUUGGGUUAAUUCUACCUGAGGAUGGAAAGUCUGGCUGAAGGAAAGAUCUAAUCCUGAGCUGUCCCACAGCUUCAAGCUGGGCCUCGCUCUGAGUGUCCUGCUGGUUUAUAAGAGAGAGGUCAGGGCUGAACUUAAGCUUUUUUUCCAAUUCAGUGAACAGCUUAGAGAAGGUUUUUCUUCCCAGCUGCAGAGGUACAACUCUCAUAGUCCCUGAAGACAGUGGAGUUGUGCCUCUGUAAGUGGGAGCAGGAUUUGUGCGUGGCUUGUCGAGCGUGUGUGGCUGUCAGAUCACCACAGAGUUCCUUGGAGAGAAGCUGUAAAAGUGGCUCUGUCUGCUUCUGCAUGGGAGCAGGGUUUGCUGCAGAGCUUGUGCCAACCCUGGCUGACCACCUGGGGCUGCACCAAAGGGAAAUGCAUUCUGGAAAAUACCCUCUGUGAGUCAGUGGGUCCUUUCAAUGGUUUCCUCCCCCCCAUUUAUUUUCCAAAUUAUUCUAUGUAAACAGUACCAGCCUCUCUGUCAUUCCUGUUGGAAUGCUCCUCUGUAAGGAGCAGUGUCAGAGGUGAUUGUUCAAAGGUUUGACUUGAUGAUCUUGGAGGUCUUUUCCAACCUAAAAUGGUUCCAUGAAUCUUUGUGUGGUAUUUAAGAAGUGUUUGGGAUAGAAAAUGUCUCAUCCCACUGGCUGUGGUUCAGCAUUCCCUACAAUACCAUGCAAUGCUCGUAUUUUUCUCCUUGAUUUAGAAAAAAGCCCUCAGAUGGUGUUAAAACCUUCUCACAGUUCUUGUGUAACUUGUUUUUACUUUCUUAGUCCCUGCUCAGUUCAUUCUUCUCCUUCAGUUAUUUUCCAUGGAUUUCACUCUCACUCCCUGUCAGCAGAUCCCGGUGCCGAUGUCAGUGAGGGAGGAGCAGGUCAUCAACUGGGAAACUGUGCCUCAAACCCAGAGAUUUUACAUGAAAUGAAGGCUGUGCAUUCACUUAGGGAAAUACAGCUGGUUUGGAAUGUGAUGGAGUUGGGAUGGCCCUGGAAUAUCCUCAUUAUCCUGGGGAUGGGGAUUGCUGCCCCAUCCAACCUCCAGUGAGAGAUUUGGGUUUCUUUAGCCAGCUGAAAAUCUGAUUUAUUGCCAAGUGGAAAUAGCUUUAUUUUUGUGACUUGUAUCUAAGUGUGCAGCCAGGAGAGGAGAGGUUAUCACAGUGACAAACUCCUGAACGAAGCUGGGAUCCCAGUAAGGAAUGGGGCUCUGUGUGGAGGUGAUGGAUGUGCUGGUGUGGAGGGAGAGUUGGAAUUGCACCCUCCAAAGUAAAAAAUCCUGGAUACUGCCCCAGACUGCUCAUUCCUGGUGUAGGAACCAGAGUCUCUGAAGUUCUUGUUUUGGACAAAGAUUCCUGGUGGUGUUAAUUUGCAGGAGGGUCUUUGGCUGUGUGUUUAGGAUCCUUCAUUUAUUUGCUAAUUAUUUUGCAAAUUCAUGAAACUGUUAAAGGAGCAUUCACUGUAGGGUGUUUUUGUGGUGGUUUUUUUUUCAAUCCUUCAUCCAAGUGUUGGCCAUCCACUACUCCAAGUGUAAAUCUUCUUCCUCUUAGCUGUGUUUGAGCUUUUUGUGUUCUUGUCCCUGGUCCAGCAGAGCCCUGGCUGCAGGCUCACGGGUUCUUCCCAAAGUGCUGCUGUGAGAGAAGCUGGAGUAAUGCUGGAGUGGAUCCAGCUGGGAUUGACAUUCCUGGUAUGUUCCCCCACCCCCCAGCAGGCUUCAAAAAAUCUUGGAGCAGGCUAAUAAUAGCUGGAAGUGUGUCUGGGAAGGGAAGCCUGGCAGGUAGGGAGGGAGAGAGCAGCUUCAGGGAUAGACCUUGGCUUAGUCACAUUCGAGUUCUCCUUAAUUUCUUGGGGCUGCCCUGAGCAUGGUCAGGAGUUGGGCUCUGAUGAUCCUUGUGGGUCCCCUCCAGCUCAGGAUAUUCCAUGAGUCUGUGAUUCAGCACCUCCCCUUUAGAAACCCAGUGGAAGAUUUUCUACCAAGGGGGGAAAACCCAGAAAUUGAAUUGUGAGGUUGGGUUUGGCUUGGAGAUAGAUCAGCUGUUUGCAGCCCAGUGUGGAGGUGGUGGAAGUAAGCCCUGGUUUGUGCUAAAAGAAGCUUGUUCUGGUUUGAUCCUGCCCUCUGCUGCUGCCCAGAGCAGCUCUGGGCUUGAUGCUCCCUGAGCAGCACCUGGUGAUGAGGUGACUCCAUCAUCAUUCCUCCUUUUACACUGAACCAGCUCAUGAGGAGUGAAAGAGCUCUGAGCUGCUCUUUCGCUGGCAGCUGGUCAGCUUUAGGACCAGGUUCCUUGAUUCCAUGUCCAUAUCCGUGUCCCACAGCCGUUGGCACAGCAGUGUCACCUCCCAGCACGUGGCAGUGACACGGCUCCUCCACCUCUGAGGUGUUUGCACCCAGAAUACCCCCAGAGGAAGGACUGUUUGAAGUGUACAGUAGACAAUAAAUAAUUCUAGUUGUGUUGAUUAAUAUAAGGAAUGAGUCAGUUCUACAAAUUAAA